AUGAAGGAAGAAGGCAAGGGCAGAGAAGGGGCUGGGGUUGGCCUGAAAGCUGGCAUCCAUGGCCCUGCCAACACUAAAGCCAAGGCUAAGAUCCAAGCCAAGGCAGUGGCUGAGGCAGAACUGAAAACGCGACUGGUGACUCAGGAGGCUGGGGAUGGAGCAGUGGCCAACACAGUGACCUAUGCUGAGGCCAUGGCUGUGACAAGGCAAGUGAGCAAGAUGGAAUAGGCUAAGACUAGAGUCAUCACUGAGACCAAGGCAACCCCCCUGACAGAACCGAGUGUAGUGUCCCAAACCAAGUCAAAGGCCAUGCCUAUGUCCAGGCUCAGUGCUGUAACCAGUUAUAAAGUGAAGGCUGGUGCUGGAAGUGAAGCCAAUUUCUGCUCCAAAGACAACAUUGGGUCCAGGUCCCAGAGAAGGAGCGAGGCCAGCAUCAAGUUGAAGUUUGGGGACAGAGCUGGUACUGUAACUCAGUUCCUAGAUGAGGAUGAGGAAAAUGUCUGUUCUUGGUUUUGGACUGGAGAAGAGCCUAGUGUAGGAUCCUGGUUCUGGCCUAAAGAAGACAACCCAUUUCAAGUGUAUAAGCCUCCAGCUAAGAUCCAGGAAAAGCCUAAGCCUACACCCAAACCUGAACUUACUAUAAAGCAAAAAGCAAAAGCAUGGUCAAGGGCCAGGUUUUCUGUCCUAGUUCCAGUAGAUGGAGGGGAGCAGUCCUUACCUCCAGGAGGGAAUUGGACUCUGGUUGAUACCUUGAUUGAAACUCCUCUAGGGAUUCGACCUCUGACCAAAAUCCCACCCUAUGAUGGGCCUUACUUUCAGACCUUAGCUGAGCUCAAAAAGCAGGUUAAGUAUAGGGAAAAGUAUAGGCCCAAUCCAAAAACCUGUCACUGCAAAUCACAUGUUUUUAGUUUAGGGCCUAAAGAGUUUGAUAAACUUGUUGCCCUACUUAAGUUAACUAGGGAUCCUUUCAUUCAUGAAAUAGCUACAAUGAUAAUGAGUGUCAGUCCUGCUUAUCCAUUUACCCAAGAUAUAAUUCAUGAUGUAGGUAUUACUGUUAUGAUUGAAAACUUGGUUAAUAAUCCCAAUAUUAAAGAACACCCUAGAACUUUAAAUAUGGUGGAUGACAACUCUGAGUCUUCUGGAGAACCACAAAUAGGAGAGUUGUACAUAAAUCAAAUUUGUAAGGACAUAAUCUUUUAUCCUUUGAAUUCCCCUGUGCAACUGUCUGGACUAAAAUUAUUAGUGCAGCUGAGUGUAAAGUUUGAGUACCACCAUAUAAUUGUCAAUUACAUUCCAGAUUUCCUCACUUUGUUAAACAAGGGAAGUGUCAAAACCAAGUUUUAUGUUUUAAAAGUGUGUUUGCACUUGUCUAAAAAUCAAGCCAAUACAAGAGAACUGAUCAGUGCCAAAGUGUUGUCAUCAUUGGUUGUGCCCUUUAACAAAAAUGAGUCAAAGGCCAAUAUUCUUAAUGUCAUUGAAAUAUUUGAGAAUAUAAAUUUCCAAUUUAAAAAGAAGGUGAAGCUAUUUAGCAAGGAAGAGUUCACAAAAUAUGAACUUAUUUCCAUAUUUCAGGGAGCAAAAGAGUUUGGUCAGAAACUACAAGACUUAGCAGAGCACAGUGAUCCCGAGGUGAGAGAUAAAGUUAUAAGAUUAACACUCAAACUCUGA